AUGCAGCUGCAGGCUCCCCGUCACCCUCCCACGGGCUGGCUCAUUUCAGCUGCCCAAGAAUUACAGGUGGAUGUUCCAGCAUGGGAAUCCACUUGGAUAUGGUCUGCUGUUCUCCUCUGCUCUGUGUACCUCCUGGUGCUGCUGGGGAACUGGACCAUCCUUGCCAUAAUUAAGGCAGAGCAGAGUCUCCAUGCACCCAUGUAUCUACUCCUUGCCAUGCUAGCUGUGGCUGACCUGGGCUUGUCCACAUCUGUGUUCCCAACCAUGCUGAGGAUGCUGUGGCUGGAGGCCAGAGAGAUCAGCUUCAGCACCUGCUUUUCCCAAAUGUUCUUCAUUCACAGCUUCACAGAUAUUGAAUCCGCCACCAUUCUGGCAAUGGCCUUUGAUCGUUACGUGGCCAUCUGCCACCCCCUACGAUAUUCCUCCAUCCUCACCAACUCAGUGAUCACCAAGAUAUGUGUGGCAAUUGUCAUAAGAACCAUCCUCUUCCAGUUCCCACUCCCGAUCCUACUGACCCGGCUGUGUUUCUCCACGGCCAGCAAGCUCUCCCAUCCCUACUGCUUGCAUCCAGAUAUCAUCAAACACGCAGACUCUGACACAAAGAUCAACAGCGCCUGUGGCCUUUUUGUGCUACUCUCCACACUGGGUUUGGACUUACUCUUUGUGCUCCUGUCCUAUCUUCUGAUCCUUAAGACCGUCCUGAACAUUGCAACCUGGAGAGAGCGUCUCAAAGCCCUCAACACCUGCAUCUCCCAUGUCUGUGCUGUCCUGCUCUUCUUUAUUCCCAUGAUCUGCCUCUCCAUGAUGCACCGGUUUGGCAAACACGUGUCCCCCCAGGUCUACACUUUCACAGCCAACCUCCAUCUCCUUGCUCCACCCAUCCUGAAUCCCAUCGUUUACAGCAUGAAAACCAAAGUGAUCCGGAGACGGAUACUGAGGAUGCUCUGCCAGUGA